GCGUCAGCUGCCGUCGUGUCGGGAUCGGAAUGCGAGAGACUCACAAUCGGAACAACUCAGAGAUCGGACGCCUCGAUCCAGGAAUCCAGGAGAAUCCCGGCGCUUUCUAGCGGGGUUUUUCCUCACGUUUUCCCCCCCGGAGAGCGACCUCCGCGCCCCGGUCCCUCCCUCCACCUCCUCCCCGGCAGCACCGCGUCCUCCACCGGGGAACUGGGCUCUCACCGGCCGCGGAGGAUUCUUCCCUUCACCGGCCGCGGAGGUUGUGAGGAACCAGGGAGCAAAGAGAGGAGGAAUAUGCAGGGAUUCGUCCGGUUACACUUGUGCCUCCCACCCGCCUCCACCUCCUCUCCACACGGGACCAUGGAGCGAUAGAAGAGCGGGGGAACCGGACGAAUUCAACCGGAGGAUCCGAGCCCGGCGGCGGCUACAGCCACACACCGACCCGGGGCUUCUUGAGUUCCCCACCGGGGUGAUCGUACCUUCCCGUCUGGCUGGGAGAGAGCCUCGGGGACCCCCGGACAGUUUCCCGGACAGUUCCCGGGUUUCCGGAGAGAGUUCCCCGGACACUUCUCCAUGUGAACACCCGCUCUCCCCUCGCACGCAGGCGGGCUGAAGGAGGCUGAGCUCCGGGCACCGCCGAGCCGAUUUCGGUGCACCCCAGCCCCGCUGCAGGCUCCCAGCUCCGGCAUGCUGAAGCUCCACCGAACCGGGAGGAAGGGGCAUCACUUUUAAAAAACAAAAAAUCGCCCACAUGCACUGGAUCACUUGCUGGAUUUGGGAACCGAGUCCGCAGAAGGGGGGUUGGGGAUCCGAGGAGGCUGUCGGAGGAUGGAGCGGUGCAGCCGGGGCUGGUGACUGCCUGACUUCGGGCCACUUCUUCACAUUUCUUCCUCCUAAUCAACCCGCUCCCAGGACACAUGCAGGCCAAAAAACGCUACCUGAUCCUGCUCUCCGCCGGUGCCUGUCUGGGGCUCCUCUUCUGCCUCGGAGGGAUCCGACUUCCAGCGGCGAGCAGGAGCCGGCAUGACCGCAGCCGGACCGGCUACCGGCCCGAGCAGCCCUGGCCCCACUUCUCCGACCCCUUACACCGGUUCCUGCCCUGGGACCAGCCGGACACGGAGGACUACAACGUGCAUGUGUCCCCCAACCAGAAGCGGGACGUGAACACCAGUGUUUACAAGGGGAAGCGGUGCCGCAUGGACUCCUGCUUCGACUUCUCCCAGUGCCAGAAGAAGGGAUUCAAAGUUUACGUGUACCCGCUGCAGAAGGGCGAGAAGAUCUCCGAGAGCUAUCAGAAUAUCCUAUCCGCCAUCGAGGGGUCCAGGUUCUACACGUCGGACCCGGGCCAGGCGUGUCUGUUCGUCCUGAGCCUGGACACCCUGGACCGGGACCAGCUGUCCCCCCAAUAUGUCCACAACCUGAAGACCAAGGUGCAGAACCUGCCCCUGUGGAACGACGGCAGGAACCACCUCAUAUUUAACCUGUACUCGGGCACAUGGCCGGACUACACGGAAGACCUGGGCUUCGACAUCGGCCAGGCCAUGUUGGCCAAGGCCAGCAUCAGCACCGAGAACUUCAGGAGGAACUUCGACGUGUCCAUCCCGCUCUUCUCCAAGGAGCACCCUCGCACCGGGGGGGAGAGGGGCUUCCUCAAGUACAACUCCAUCCCCCCCUUCAGAAAGUACAUGCUGGUGUUCAAGGGCAAGCGCUACCUGACCGGGAUCGGCUCGGACACCAGGAACGCCUUGUACCAUGUGCACAACGCCGGGGACGUGGUGCUGCUCACCACCUGCAAGCACGGAAAGGACUGGCAGAAGCACAAGGACCAGCGCUGCGACCGGGACAACGCGGAGUACGACAAGUACGACUACAAGGAAAUGCUCCACAACUCCACCUUCUGCUUGGUGCCCCGUGGCAGACGACUGGGCUCCUUUCGCUUCCUCGAGGCGCUGCAGGCUGCGUGUGUGCCCGUGAUGCUGAGUAACGGCUGGGAGCUGCCUUUCUCCGAGAUCAUCGACUGGAACACAGCAGCGGUCAUCGGCGACGAGCGGCUCCUGCUGCAGAUUCCGACCACGGUGCGCUCCAUCCACCAGGAUAAGAUCCUGUCCCUCCGACAGCAGACUCAGUUCCUGUGGGAGGCUUACUUCUCCUCCGUGGAGAAGAUAGUGCUGACCACGCUGGAGAUCAUCCAGGACCGGGUGCUGGAGCACGGCUCCCGGAGCAGCCUGAUGUGGAACAGUCACCCUGGGGGUCUGUUCGCCCUGCCGCAGUACUCUGGGUACCUGGGAGACUUCCCUUUCUACUACGCCACACUGGGCAUUAAACCGCACCCCAAGUUCACAGCGGUCAUCCACGCCGUCUCCCCACUGGUGUCCCAGUCCCAGCCCAUACUCAAGCUCCUGGCAGCUGUGGCCAAGUCCCAGUAUUGUGCACAGAUCAUCGUCCUGUGGAACUGUGACAAGCCGCUUCCCGCCAAGCAGCGCUGGCCGGCCACCUCCGUGCCCGUCAUCGUCAUCGAGGGCGAGAAUAAGGUGAUGAGCAGCCGCUUCUUGCCGUACGAGACCAUCGUGACCGACGCAGUCCUCAGCCUGGAUGAAGACACAGUGUUGUCCACCACAGAGGUGGACUUUGCCUUCACUGUGUGGCAGAGCUUUCCCGAGCGGAUCGUGGGUUACCCUGCACGCAGCCACUUCUGGGACGGCAACAAGGAGCGCUGGGGCUACACGUCCAAAUGGACCAACGACUACUCCAUGGUGCUGACCGGGGCGGCCAUCUACCACCGGUAUUAUCACCAUCUGUACACCAGCUACCUGCCCACCAGUCUGAAGAGCAUGGUGGACCAGCUGGCCAACUGUGAGGACAUCCUGAUGAACUUCCUGGUCUCUGCCGUCACCAAGCUGCCGCCCAUCAAGGUCACACAGAAGAAGCAGUACAAGGAGACCAUGAUGGGACAGUCCUCCAGGGCGUCUCGCUGGGCCGACCCGGACCACUUCGCCCAGCGGCAGACCUGCAUGAACAAGUUCGCCAGCUGGUUUGGCGCCAUGCCGCUGGUCCACUCCCAGAUGAGGCUGGACCCCGUCCUGUUCAAGGACCAGGUCUCCAUCCUCCGCAAGAAAUACAGGGACAUCGAGCGGCUCUGACAGGACCGGCGCCCCCUGGGGGGAGACCCCACGCAGGGGGAGGCGCAAGAGACGGACUCAGUGGAGGGGAGAAGCGGUCGGACUCAAGCGGGAUGGACGGCGAGCGACUCGGCUCUGUCUUCCACUCGGCUCGUUGCCGGUGACCACGGCGCCGCGGCUGCCGGGACCUGACGCGGAAACGGACGAACAGGAAACAAGCAGAUUGUGUUUGGAUUUGAAAAACACAAACUAAAUGAAACCUAAACGCGGACCGACAAAGAGGAAGUACACAAACCGAUGGACAAGCCAAACUGUGCUGUAUGUUUCACACACACUACUGACGACGACAACCAACUGAAUAGAGUAUUUUUUUUGUACGACAUGAACAAGGGCGACAUUGACUCUCCCGCUCUUUCGGCACAUGUACAGGACGGUAGAAGAGGGAAGGCGUUCGCCAUCGCAAAACCACACCCACCCCACCCCCCGCAGAUCCUACUGGUUGCCCCUAGCAACCCCCAAUCACCUGCAUCAUCAUAUAAUACUGGACUUGCUAUCAAUUCCCCUGGUCUUCUCGCCUGGGAAACUCUGUUCUUCACUUGAUUUAAUGUCAUCUCGUUCUGUUUCCCUCCCUCAGAGGUUUUGAAUCAUCACUUUUUUAUUAUUUUCGAGGCAGAAAACGUUCUCUUCUGAUAUUCUG